AUGAACGUCGAUCGUUUCUGGUAUGCCAAUCAAACAGCAAUGGUUCCAGCUGUAUGGCAUUAUGCAUCCGGUAUUGUUUCACUUCUAUGUUUAAUAAUUGGUAUCGUAUGUAAUGGUUUAGUUAUAUUAGUAUUUAUUAAAAAUGAGGUUUUACAAAGGCCAAGAAAUUAUUUUCUUAUUAAUCUUGCUAUUACUGAUCUUGGGUUAUUAUUAACAAACAAUUCUCAACAUGUUAUAUCAUCAUUUAAAAAACAAUGGGUAUUCGGACAAAAAGGUUGCAAUUUUUAUUCUGUUUGUGGUGGUAUCUUUGGUUUAACAUCAAUUGCGACAAUGGCACUUAUUUCAUUAAAUCGUUUAUCAGCUGUUAAUGAUCCAUUUAGUUCACUUAAACUCAGUGCUCGUUCGACACUACGUUAUCUUGUAUGUGCAUGGAUAUAUGGUUCAAUUUGGAUCUUACCACCAUUAUUUGGUUGGAAUCGUUUUAUAUUAGAAGGUUUCGGUACAUCAUGUACCUUUGAUUAUGUAUCAAAAGAUUUAUAUGAUCGUUUAUUUAUUUUAAUAUUAGUAACCGGUGGCUUUUUAAUUCCGCUAUCAAUAAUAGUACUUUCAUAUUCUUCUAUUCUCAUGAAAUUAUCUCAACGUAGUUGUGCUUUAAUCUUACAAACUGAGAAUGGAAAAAAAGAUCCUACUAUAUAUAAUUUUAAUGAUUUAAAUCCAACAAAUGAAAUUGAGCAUUGCCGUGUAACACCAUUAGUUUUUGAUUCGAAUGAUGAAAAUCAUAUUAUUCAACAAAUGCGUCGUACAGAACAUCGUGCUACACGUACAGUAUUACUUAUAUGUACUGUAUUCUGUUUAGCAUGGGGACCUUAUGCUCUUAUGGCAUUAAUUUCUUUAUUUGGUUUUAAUCAUUUAAUAAAUGCUUAUACCACAUCACUACUCGGUAUGCUAACAAAAGUUGCUGCUUGUAUUAAUCCAAUAAUAUACGCAAUAUCAUUAAAUGGAUUUCGUGAACAAAUAGCUUCACAUAUUAAAUGUAUCCAUCCAAAUAUUCAAGAACAACGGCAAGCUUCAAAAGUAUCUAGUACUUAUCUUAUUCAUAAAAAUCUUUCAAAUUUACCCAAUAGCGGUUCACGUCAACAAACACAAUCGGCUAUAAUGGUUCGUGACAGUAUAUAA